AUGGCUUCCGUAAGACAGUUUCCGACGAUCAAGAGCGUGCGAUCUUUUGUGAUUGGCGGUGUUGGAUCAGGCGGUGAUUAUCAUAACGUCAAGGGAGGACACUGGCUGAUCGACUCGCCCAUCUCGACGCCUUGCUCGAGGUGGGAGAAGUACCGGGCGUCACGAACAAGCUGGGGCAUCAACGUCCUUGGCUCCUUCUUCCUCGAGAUUGAGGCCAGCGAUGGCACCGUCGGCUUUGCCACCGGAUUCGGCGGACCUCCCGCGUGCUGGCUCGUCCACCAGCACUUUGAACGGUUCUUGAUCGGGGCGGACCCUCGAGACACCAACCACCUCUUUGAGCAAAUGUAUCGCGCUUCCAUGUUCUAUGGGCGCAAGGGACUCCCUGUCGCCGUCAUAUCCGUCAUCGACCUUGCCCUCUGGGACUUGCUGGGCAAGAUGCGCAAUGAGCCUGUGUACAAGCUCAUCGGCGGCAGCACCAAGGAUCGCAUUGACUUCUACUGCACGGGGCCCGAUCCCCCGGCCGCCAAAGCCAUGGGCUUCUGGGGAGCCAAGGUUCCGCUUCCGUACUGCCCGGAAGAAGGCCAAGUGGGGCUCAAGAAGAACGUAGAGUUCCUGCGCAAGCACCGCGAGUCUGUCGGCCCCGACUUUCCGCUCAUGGUCGACUGCUACAUGUCUCUCAACGUGUCCUACACGAUCGAAAUCGCGAAGAAGUGCGAAGACCUUGACAUCAACUGGUGGGAGGAGUGUCUGAGUCCCGACGAUACGGAUGGCUUCGCCCAGAUCAAGCGAGCCCACCCGACCCUCAAGUUCACCACGGGCGAGCACGAGUACUCUCGCUACGGGUUCCGGAAGCUGAUCGAAGGGCGCAAUCUCGACAUCAUCCAGCCAGACGUCAUGUGGCUCGGUGGGAUGACGGAGCUGCUCAAGGUGGCCGCCAUGGCCGCUGCGUACGACAUCCCCGUCGUUCCCCAUGCCAGCGGCCCGUACAGCUACCAUUUCGUCAUCAGCCAGCCCAACACACCGUUUCAGGAGUACCUGGCCAACUCACCUGAUGGCAAGAGCGUGCUUCCUGUAUUUGGCGACUUGUUCGUCGACGAGCCGAUCCCUACCAAGGGAUACCUAACAGCUGCAGACUUGGAUAAGCCUGGAUUUGGCCUUACGCUCAAUCCUGUUGCUAGAACCAAGCUGAUUCCCAGCACAUAUCUCUUGACGCCCCCCGUGCCGGCCUCGCUCACUCCCCCGGCGCCCGGUGUUACCGAGGAGAGUAAAGAGGCAGAGGAUGGCGUCGUGGAUGGCUUGGUUGCCAAAGUGCAGGAGCUAACUACUGCCUGA